AUGUCAUCUCCACAUUUCUCCAAAGUCCUCGUCUUUGGUGCCACCGGCGAAGUUGGCUCCGCCGUAGCACUCGAGGCCCAUGCUCUCGGCGCCCACGUCUCCAUCGCCCUACGCGACACAACCAAGCACAACGAGUGGAUAUCCCCUUCCCAGGAACACGCCGCAGACCUGCAGCGCAUCAGUGCCGACCUAACCGACCCCGACUCCCUCAAGCGGGCCGUGCAUGACACAGGCGCCCAGGCAGCCUUCAUCUACGCCGUGCGCUCCAAGGACACGUUGCGUGGUGCCAUCGCCGCCCUGCGCGACGCUGGCAUCCAGUACGUCGUAUUCCUGUCGACGAGUCAGGUCAGGACCGCGGGCACCACCAAGGGUGACAUCCGAUCCAUCAAGCCUGACCACUUCAUACCGUGGCAGCAUGCGCAGGUCGAGAUUGCGCUGGAGGAGCUCGAGGUGCCACAUGCAGCGGUACGGGCCGGGUUCUUUGCGAGCAACCCGCUAAGAAUCUACCUUGAUCGAUCUUCGGAGCCUAAACAAGUCAACCUGCUAGCUCCGGAGGUGCCGCAUGAUCCCAUUGAUCCCAAGGAUAUUGGGCGUGCGGCUGCUGCCGUGUUAGUCAACCCGCGGCUGUACGCGAGUGGCUAUCAGGGAGAGCCCAAGAAGGAUGUUGUGUAUCUCAGCGGACCGGCUUUGCUGUCGCAGACGGAGCAGUGGGAGAUUAUCAACCGGGAGCUUGUGGCUGCUGGUAAACCAGAGGUCAAGGUCAAUCACAUCACGGUUGAGCAGUACCUUGAGAAUCUGGCCAAGCUUCAUGUCCCUGAUGUUGUAGCCAAGUCUCUUGCCAAGUCUAUGGUGGAGACGAGGGCACUGUAUGCUCCUGAGGACUAUGAGAAGUCGCGGGGUAAUGUUGAGCUCUUGACGGGCCGUAAGGCUACAUCUUUUGAUCAGUUUGUCAAGAGAGAGGUACCUAGAUACUUUGACUAA